ACAUUCAUUUGCAGCUGAUAUUGGGUUUCGGUAAAUUUGCAGAUUUGGAUGAAUUUAGCAGUUUCGGUUUGUUGAGAUUACAUUUUGAUUCGUACUGAUUGCUUUUAUUUCUGAGCGCUCUGGACAAAGUAUUUAUUGGUCCAGAUAGUGACAGUUUUUUAUCGUACACUUUUAGAAAGCGCGGUAUAAAACAACAUCUCAUUUUGAAUGAAGGAAAAUGGCGAGUAAAGUUGACAGUUUAUCUACAUAUUAUUAUUAUGUUUUCUGUGUAAUUCUGCUAUGUUCACGGUGAGUAACUCUGCAAAUACAGUGGAGUAAAUUUAUUACCGUCUUGUGGUGCUUUCCCUUCUCUGGUUUAUCUCUCGACGGAACGCGGUGGUAUUUACUCAAGGGGAAGGAAACAAGAAGUUGCAGUAGAUCCGGAUUCAGAUAUCUCCAAUUUAAACUACGACAGUUUGAAGCGAAAUACGUCGAUAAUUGUGCUUUAACUUUAAGUCGGGAGUUACUUUAACGAAAUCAAGCAUCAUGUUCACAUCGAAAUCUCCUGAGAUCAUGACGCUGCCUGCUCCUGGGAGCGAAUCAGGAGCGACCCAGCAGUCACCCGAUACCAAGCCCACUGAAGUAUGGGACGCACAGGCGCAAAGAUGGGUUGAAAUCCAACAGAAAACAUUCAUGAAUUGGUGUAACGAACAACUCAAACCGACCGGGAAACGCAUCGAGAACUUCCGGACGGAUCUUGAAGAUGGGUUGGUCUUGAUAGCCUUGGUUGAACAGCUGACAUCUUCAACUGGCGGGGCACUUUAUAAGAGACAAGGUCGCUAUUGUAAGUACCCAAAGAUGAGAGCCCAGAAACUGGAGAAUGUCACCCAUGCAUUGCAGAUGAUUGAGAAAGAAGGGAUCAAACUCGUUAACAUCGGAACUGAAGAUGUAGUGGAGGGUAAUGUUAAGCUGAUCUUAGGAUUAAUAUGGCGCUUAAUCCAGAAGUAUCAGAUUAGUACUGGAUCAAAGCAGACUAAGGUACCAAGCAAGAAAUCCAUGCUUAAUUGGAUAGAUGCUGUACUUCCAGACAGACACAUUUCAAACUUCACUACAGAUUGGAACGAUGGAACUGCACUCAGUGCCUUGAUAAACUACUGCGACCCAACACUGAUGACAAACUUCAAAUCUCUGAACCCUUCCAAUUCCCGUGAGAACUGCACCCACGCCAUGCAGAUGGCUAAAGAUAAAUUUGAAGUUCCAAUGAUUGUAUCUCCUGAAGACAUGUGCCAUCCUCAGAUUGAUGAGCUUAGUGGAAUGACGUACUUAUCAUACUUUCUAAGGACAGAGGGACCGGGAUGGUACAGCACACUCAACUGGGUGCGGAAGAAAGUACCAGAGCUUAAUGUUCAUAACUUUCAGAGUGAUUGGAAUGAUGGGCGUGUCUUAUGUGCUUUAGCUCAGGCUGUAGCAGAAGGAACAUGUCCUGAAUGGAGGGACCUCAACAAAAAUGACAAACUGGCCAACUGCCAAAAAGGUCUUGAAGCAGGCAAGAAACUUGGCAUUAAACCCACCCUGAGUGCUAGGGAGUUUACUACCCCUGAUGUAGAUGAACUUGGGGUUAUGUCCUAUGCUGCUCGCUUCCAACACACUGCACCCUGGCCAAAAGAAAACUCUUACGUCUUAAGUGAACCCCCACCACCCAAGGUACACUGGGCGGAGUGUGUCCAGUUAACAAGCGUUCAAGUACAAGACAAAGUCACUCCAGGACACAAUGCUUUGAAGAACACAAUACAUGGCAUUGUUAAUGUUCCAGUUGUUCUGAGACUGCAUGUGAUUAAUACUAAAGCCACCCUCAAGGAUAUCAGAGCAGAACUUCAAGCCCCUGGGCAGCCAGUUGCUAUCUCCUUAAAGGCACUAGCAAGUGAUCAAGUUGAUCUGACAUUUGUACCUCUGCAAGAAGGACUCCACAAGUUGUCAAUAUGGUGUCGAGAUGACGUCAUUGAUGGCUUUCCAAUUAAUCUCAUGAUUGAACCUGACAAAGCGUCUUUUCCAAAGAAUAUCCGUAUUGGUACAAUGUCAUCAGCAUCAGUCGGAGAACAGUUACAGUUCCAAGUUGACGUGUCCGAUGCUGGUUAUGGUGAACUUCUAGUUGAGAUUAAUAAUGGCUUCAACCAGUUACCUGUACGCAUUGUAAGACAAGGAAAGGUGUUCACUGUACACACACAGGCCAAGGAAUGCGGCACUUACAAUGUGUUUAUCAAAUGGAAUGGAGAAGACAUUACAGAGGACCCUAUGAAGAUUGAGGUUCAUGAUGCAUCACAAUGUGUAGCAACUGGAGAAGGGUUAUCUAGGGCUAAGGAAGAUCAACCUGCAGUCUUUACUGUAGAUACACGCAGUGCUGGAAAGGGAGAACUCAGAGUCAUUGUGGAAGGUCCUCACUCUAUUGCUAAGUGCAGUAUUGAUAAGAACACCAGUGGGACCUACACAGUCACCUAUAUACCAGUUGAAGUUGGGCUAUUUAGCAUUAAAGUCACAUGGAAUGGCAAAGACAUCUAUGGGAGUCCGUUCCAUCCCAAAGUGACGGAUCCGAGAAAGGUCCGAGUUGUUGGUGGUCAUGUCCCUGGAAUGGGAGACAAUGGAAUCAUUAACAUGACACAUAGAAAGGCUUAUCUAUUGGAGCUCAGUACAGCGGAGGCAGGACCAGGCAAGAUGGUGGCUGACUUACAGUUGCCUAGCAACAGACGAGUGCAUUUGCCGAUAGAGUUAGAGGCAGAUGGCCGAGCAACCAUGCGAUUCGUCCCUGAAGAAGAAGGUGACUACAUGCUGAGAAUACUUUGGAACGACCACUUGAUCAAAGGUUCCCCGUACAGGAUGACAUGCAGACAGAAGCGGGUACCAGUGGACCAUACAAGAGUCCGAUGUCAUGGCCCAGGUUUGCAACAGAGUAAAGUCUCACAGCUGAGUGAGUUCUUCAUCGACGGCUCCCAGGCAGGGCCAGGUGUACCUAACCUCAGGAUGAGUGGGGUCAAGUCUGAUAUCAUGGUCACCCUCAUCCCCCAAGGGAACAACAUCUACAAGGCAGUAUUCACCCCUGACAUUGCAGGUGCGUACCUGCUUCAUUUGACAUGGUCAGACAGACAGGUUCCUGGAUCACCAUUCAAGCUUAAUGUUGCUGAUGCUGCUCAUGCUAACCGUGUCCAUGCAAGCGGUGCAGCCCUUAAGACCAUCGUUGCUAAUCAGACGUCUAGACUCGUUAUUGAUAGCAGAGAGGCUGGAUCAGGUGAGUUAACAGCUCGUUGCGUUGGUCCCAACACAAUGGCAGAGGUUCACAUUGGUGAUAAUCGCAACGGAACAUACUCUCUACUGAUCUCACCAUCUGAACCUGGACGACACACUCUGGAAGUCAAGUAUGGAGAGGAUCACAUACAAGGGAGUCCAUUUCUCCUUCGAGUAGCAGCGCCACCUGAUGCCAGUAAAGUAAGAUGUUUUGGACCUGGUCUUGAACAUGGUAUACUGUCAUCAUUUAACGGCCGUUUCAUCUGUGAGACAAAAGGUGCUGGGGCAGGACAACUCAAAGUACGAAUUCAUGGCCCAAAAGGUGCCUUUAAGGUUGAGAUGAGACGCAGUGAUACAAAGGAUCGUACGAUCGAUGUUCGCUAUAACCCCAAUGAGAGCGGCGAGUACGCCAUCCAGGUCAAAUGGUCAGAUAAACAUGUUCCUGGUAGUCCAUUUAUAGUUAAAGUGGUAGAGAAUCGUGAAGAACUACACGCCCUGAAAAGAGACAUGGCUAACGGGAGACAGUCCAGUAAAGACAUGACUAACGGAUGGUCUGAAGAAAUUUGAGUAAAAUCAGCUGGACAAUCAAAGUGAACAUUAUUUCAUUACAGGUUUGGAAUUGAUUGGGGUCUGGGACUAAUCAAAGUUAUUUUGACUUGUUUACAAAAGUCUUAAUAUAUAUAGUUUGUAACUUUUUUUGUUGAGCUGCUGCUUGUACUUUGACAUGCAUGUAAAAAG